GAUAAAUAUUAACCGAACCGUAAUUUUAUGUUAUUCAAGUUUAAAAUAACAAAACUAUAAUGAGUUAAAAUUUAGCCGAAAAGAUUUCGUAGAUCUUAAUUUGUUACACUCAAAUUUUAUUCUAUUAAAAUUUCGUAUCUUACUAUCUUGUUCAACCUAUAAAAUAAAGAAACAUGAAACAAUUGAAAUAUGGGUAUCAAAAAAUUUUACCUAUAUAAAGAGCUGAAGAUCACGCGGUGUGAGGCUGUGUUACAUUGACUUUGAUUUUGAUAUUCAUCGAAACUUUUUUUUUUUUCAUUGAUGGCGGAUACUCUGGGAAUUAUACGACGAAAGUCUCUUGGAAGAGUCGCAUCAAUUGGAUCUUUAUAUAAUGCCACGAGAGAUACCUUCUGUGGGACUACGAUAUUGAAGUCUGAUUUUCCAAAUGAUUCCAUAACCAGGGCUGACGUUUCAAAUAAUGAAGUAUUAUUUGAAUAUAAUGAUUCAUAUGUGGAAAAGUUUAAUAAGUUGGACGUUGAAGAUGAGCUAAGAUUAAGCAUUCUCGCAGGAUUAUUCACUUCAGAAGGUUCGGGGAAAUAUUUAAUUGAUAUGAAAGAAAGUUUUAAAUCUGUGAAGGGCGCUUUAAUAUACAAAUUGACUUCUAUUGAGGAAAAUUUAAACAUUCAUCGUGAUGAUGUUAAAACUUGUAUAUCUACAGAUGGCUUUAAUAAUGAUCAAGGCGCUACUCACAUCGUGAUAGGAAUAAAAUGGGGUGCUAAUAUUAUAGCAUCAUUUGAAUAUAAUGAUAUUGAUGAAGAGAAUAAGACGCAAGUUGAAAGGGUGCUAAAGUCACAAAUCGAAAAAAUUACUUCUUCUAAUGAAGAUCACUUGGAUGUUAAAGAAGAUCAAUCAGAUAUUAUGAGUCACUUUUCUAUAAAACUUCUUGGAGACAUUAUUAUUGACGACGAAGAACUUCCUAAAUCAUUUGAUGAAAUCAGAAAAGUUAUAUCUGAAUUUCCUUCGUAUAUUAAAAAAUAUGAUGAUGGGAAAGGGGUUCCAAUUGAAUAUAUUCUAUAUCCAUUAGCAGAACUUGCGAAUCUAAUUACUCCAAACUUCAAAUUCAGCUACAUGAAAACGGCGGUGUUGAGCAAAGAAAUUAUUUUAAAAGUAGAACGAUUUUUCGAUACUUUGUCUGAGUCAAAAAAAAGGCUUAAUGAUUUAUACAACGAUGCAAAAUCCAUCUCGAACAUCAUAUCCGAUAAGAUCUUUAAUAAAAUCAAAAGUCGGGUGCAAGAAAUUACGUUAGAAGAAACGAAAUUCAAGGAUGAAUUCGCAGACUGUCUUUUUAAGGUACGCUCUGGAAAAAAUAAUAUCAACGGAAUUGAAAGUAAAAUGGAGUCAUUUAAAAACAGUAACUUAUCCAAGGAAUUCAUCAUGACAUUUAUUAAUUACCAUCAAUUGGUACCUUUAAAGGCUGGCUUGCUAAAAUCCAAAAAAGUUGAAUACCUUGAUGAGAAUUCAAAUAUUGAACACAUUCUGCAUAAUUAUUCAAACAAUCAUGUAUUUAUACUCAUUGAUAACAAUGAUUGUAUCGUUGAUAAUAAUUCAUUAUCAGUAUAUAAUAUAUUUCGAGACUUGUGUGAUCCGAAUGAGGGAUUGAAUAAGUUCUUCAUGGCCGAUACUAAAAUAUGUACUGGGUUAAAAAGUUCUAGUUAUCCGGUAAUUCAACAUUAUAUUAAUGGAAAACUAUUUUGUGACGACUAUUAUAACUGUAACAAAACAUUAUUCACGUCAAAUCUGGUUAAGUUUGAUCCCUUACCACGAACCAACCUAAAAUUUAAUCCCAACGAAAAGAUUAAACUAUUAGUACCUUGCCCUCGAGUUGAUUGUCAAUCUGUUGGCUGCAAUUGGAAAUGUUACAAAUGUCAGCAGGACAUCGAAUAUGGGUAUAAUCAGCACUUUUAUUGUGGGUGUGGUGAAAGCGAAAUCGCUAAUUGUAAGUUCAAGUGUAACAGUUCCCAUCAUAUUGAAGGAUAUAUACCUUUCAAAUUGGAUACGCUUAUUGAUUUAUUACCAUCAGAAACUCCUGAAGAAAUAAAUAUACUAUUGCUUGGUGAAACAGGUGUAGGGAAAUCAACAUUUAUAAACGCCUUUGCGAAUUAUCUUAAAUUCGAUACAUUAGCUGAUGCAAAAUCUGGGGAUAUGAUUGAACUUAUUUCAUCCAUUUUUACAAUAACGGAUGAAAAUUAUGAUACGAAAACAAUAAAAAUUGGUGAUAAUGAUUCAAAUGAACAACUAGAAAAUGUAGGUAUGUCAUGUACUUUGGGAUGUAAAAGUUAUCUAUUCUAUGGACCUGGAAACAAACUCGUAAGAUUGAUUGAUACUCCCGGAGUGGGUGAUACUAGAGGAUUAGAUCAAGAUAAGAAAAAUUUUGAAAAUAUUUUAUGUUAUAUUAGCCAUUAUCAAUAUUUAAAUGGAAUAUGUAUUCUUCUUAAACCAAAUAAUUCACGUUUAAAUGUAGUAUUUAAGUUUUGUAUACAAGAAUUAUUAUUACAUCUUCAUAAGAAUGCAAAGGAAAACAUUGUAUUUUGCUUUACAAAUGCUAGAGGAACAUUUUAUCGUCCAGGAGAUACUUUACCACCACUUAAAAAACAACUUAAAGAACUUGAAAAGCGAUCUAACGUUGAAAUUAAAGUCAAUCAAGAUACACUAUACUGUUUUGAUAAUGAAUCAUUUAGAUUUCUAGCAGCAAUAAAGAAUGGUAUAUCAUUUACUGAUGCAUAUGAAAAAAGUUUUGCGGAAAGUUGGAAAAAGUCGAUGGAUGAAUCAUCGAGACUUAUUGAGUAUAUUAUGACACGACCCCCUCAUAAAGUUAAAGAUACUCUUUCACUUAAUAAUUCAAGAAAUUUAGUAAUGCUUCUUUCUAGACCUCUUGCAAAAAUGGAGCAACUUAUACAAACGAAUAUUAAUCAAAUUGAAGAACAACAAAAGGCAUUAGCAGAUUCUAAUCAAACCAUAGAAGAACUUAAAGAAAAAAUGUAUAUUAAACAACUGGAUCUUGAACCUGUAGCGUUAGAAUAUCCUAGAACUGUUUGUACCAAUGAUAGUUGUAUUGAAUUACGUAAAGUUGAAAAAUCAAAUAUUCAAUAUAUAAAUUAUAAAAAACAUUGUGAUCCACAUUGUUAUCUACCAUUUGCUAAAUUUAAUGUGAUGAAUCAAUUCUUAUGGUUAUGUGGGGCUAUGUCAAAAGGAAAAUGUAAAGUUUGUAAUUGUGAAUGGAAUAAACAUAAGCAUAUCACUUAUGAAAACAAACCAGUAACGAAAAUAUUUAUUGAUCUUAAUGUAGAAUGGAGAAUCUUUGAAGAAAAAUCAUAUCAAGAAAUAAAAGAAGAAAUCAUAGAACAAUAUCAAACAAGAGUUAAUAAAUUAAAAAAAGAAAAAGAGACCAUGAAUAAAAUUUGUGUUAAAUUUGCACAAUUUUUAAGACAAAAUGCGAUAGCUACUUUUAAUGAUACAUAUGUAGAUUAUUUAGAUCUAUUCAUAAAUGAAGAAAAGAUUAAGAAAGGUAAUGAACCGGAACUUUAUGAUGAUAGAAUCCUUAAAGGACUUGAAGAAACUAAAAAAAAUUAUUUGGAACAAAUAAAAUUUAUAAAACAAGCAAUUAAUAACAACAAUCCUUCAAUAUCUCCAAUUUCACCUGAAGAUAUAGUUGAACUCGAACAACAAUUAUAUAAUCUACCGAUCAAUGGUUCAACUCUAAAAAAAAUAAAAGAAGAAGCGGAGAAUAGUCAAAUUAGUGCUUUUAAAUAUAAAGAAAAUCAUUGUAUGCUUUUAGGAAAUGAUUUUUAUCAAAAAUUACUUUCAAAAUCCAACACGUUAGCCAAUAAGAUAACUAGUAAAUUACAUUCUUAAUCACAAUCAUGUUGUUUUUUUGUAUACUGUAUAUCAAUUAAUAUUAUUUGUUAUUAUGGCG